GAUCAAACAUGUAUUGCGGACAGAGAAUUGAAGCGUAAUCUGCAAUCCUUGGCGAUGGGAAAACCUUCUCAGCGUGUGUUAUGCAGAAAAGGAAAAGGGAAAGAUAUAG